AUGGUGGAAAAACACGGUUCUGAUGUAGUCCAAGUGGCCGUUCAAAGUGAACAGACAUUUCCUGGUUUGCAAAGACCAAACCUUGAUGGUGUAGUCGUCACCACCAGACACGAAAAUCGGUUGCGUUGGAUGGAAAUCAACAGCUCUGACCGGACCAUCGUGCUCUUCAAACCUGUCGAUCAAGGUUCCCAUCCGGUAAUCCCAAAGCUGAAUCGUCGAGGAGUGGAGAGCAACCAAGAUCCAAGGUCUUUUUGGGUGGAAAGCAAUACCCUUUGCCCGUGA